AUGCGUUCCGGGGUGGACCACCAGGAAAUUCAAGGGCUCUCGUUACACACGUGCCGCCCUCCUUUCGAAGAAGAAGCACUGGCGUUGCGAACGUUUCAUCGGUUUUUGAUCACAGCUAUGGCAAAACCAAGGGUAUUUUUCGAUAUAACCAUCGGUGGCGGAUCGGCAGGACGCAUUGUAAUGGAAGUAAGUACAUGAAAUAGUGUUUAUAGUACAGUUCGGCAUACGUGUCACCGCAAACGUGAUCUGCUGCUUCAGCUGCUUUGCUAUGCAUAAUUUUUGAAGUUUACUUUCUCCUUGUCAUUAUUCGCAGCUCAGGGCAGAUGUGGUUCCAAAGACCGCAGGUUUGUGCAGCUUUUAGUGUUUUAGUUUCAUCUGUGGUAACAAGGCGUUGCGAGUACAGAUUUUAAUUUUAACUUUUUGUACAGACGCAUUGUCAUUCAGUUGCGCACGUAAGUUGAUCAUGAAGGAUGUCAAAUUCAUUUCUUAGCGGAUUCAAGGAAAUGAAAUGUUUUUGAGUAAAUGUUUUUACUUUAAAACAUCUUCAAGUCGUAUAUAUGUUUUUCACAGAAGGGACGUAAUCCCAUACGGUUUUACUGUCUGAUACAGUGAAAUGUAAGUUAACUUGAUGAGCUACACAAGGACUUGGCGUAUAUUUUCUGAGAAUUAAGUAAGAAUAGAUAAUAACAAAUCCCUCGUGGAUUUUCUGACAGGAAUGUGAUUUAGCUAUGUUGUUUGGUCGGUGGCGCUUUUCUAUCUGCCUGUUUUCUCCCCUGAGAGACAUUCUAUUUAAUAUAACCCCUCGCUUACGAAAUUUUGUGAAGAAGUAUACAAGAAAAAGGAAUCACUGGAGGUUGAUGAGACUGAAGACCAUAUUUUUCUGUGGGGAAUUAGCAGAAAAGCAAAAAUUUAUGAGGGAGCAGAUUUUUUGAGGGUAUAAAGAAGCAGAGAAGAAAAAUUUUCUUAAAGCUGCUAUAUUCCUAGGGCAAAUUUUCUGAGGGAAUGUAUGUUCAUCAGUGAACUUUACUGAGGGCUUUGGGGGAAAAAGAGCAUUUAUUUGUUUAUUUACCAUUUAGGUCUUUCACUCAUUAUUGAGCAUUUUAGACCGCUCUAGAAAAAAAAUGACAAAAAAAACAAAGGAAAACAGAAGUGACAGUAAUGUCGCUUAUGAGCGCAAAGUAAUAAAAGUGUCAAUAAAUGUUUGAAAUUGCAUUUUUAAAAGCAGCCAGCGAAUUGGACAAUGCUAUAUCCCUUGGGAGUUUGUUCCAUUCUGUAAUUGUCCUUGGGUAGAAGGAAUAUUUUAUAGUAAUCUCUAAUGGCUGUUGGCUAUGUGUAAGAGUACUCUAUGGAACAAGUUGAGUAAGAAUGGCCAGCUGAUUGUAGACUGGUAUCUUAACUUUGUGAGAGACUAGUCUGUGUCGCAUUUUAUACAGUAUAGGUAAACAUGCUAUGGUUCGCCUACUUUCUAGUGUCUUCCAUUUCAGGGUUGAAAGCAUUUCAGUUACACUAUCUUUGCGGUCGAAGUGAUUUAGAACCCAGUGUUUAGCUCUUCUUUGGACUAUCUCAACCGUGUUUGUGUUUUAAGCUGUAUGUGGAUCCCACACAGAUGAACAGUAUUCCAGAGUUGGGUGCACUAGGGCCUUGUAUGCUGUUUCCUUAGUCCUGGGUGGGCAAUGUAUUGAGUUCUGCUUUAGAAAGCCAAGAGUUUUGUUAGCUUUGUUUGAGAUGGCUUUAAUAUGUUCGUUCCAGUAGAGGUCGUCAGCUAGGUAGACACACUGAAGGUAUUUGACAGAAUGCAAAGGGUCCAAGACUUGUCCUUUAAGCUUAUAGACGUGAACAUACGGAUGACACUUUGUUGUGAUGUGUAAAACAUUACAUUUUGCAGUAUGGAACUCCAUCUUUCAAUCCGAUUCCCACUUUUUCAGGUUAAGGAGAUCUUGUUGUAACUGGAUGCAAUCAUUCGUGGACUCGAUGGCUAAAUAGAUCAUGGUGUCAUCUGUGAAGAGACGAACUUUAGUUUUAACAUACUGGGGGAGGUCGUUUAUAUAUGCCAAGAAUAAAAUGGGACCUAAAACAGAGCCCUGUGGGACUGGUCAUAGUAGUAAAAUGACACCAUUGUGCAAAUGGCCUAUUGUGACAUGUGCCAAGAGUUAAGUUUGAAACAUGCUCAUGAUCAGCUAGGAUGCAAACACAUCUCUCUGAUCUUAAACGAUAAUUCUUUUCUUCUGUGUUUGCCUUACCUACAGUACAUCACUUUCCAGUGGAAACUUCUAGUUAAACAAUUCUAUGAAUUCAAUUUGCAGAGAAUUUCCGUGCAUUGUGCACCGGUGAAAAGGGAUUUGGUUAUAAGGGAAGCAAGUUCCAUCGAGUAAUUCCAGGUUUUAUGUGCCAGGUAGUAACUUAAACAGUAAUAAUAAUAUGAAAACACCAUUACAUGAAUCUGAAUCCAGUGGGAAGUACAUCAACCCCAAUCUUAGCCAAUCAGAGCAGAACUAUUUCUGACAAUUGUUUCUGGGCCAGUCAGGAAAAAACACCAUAUUCUGGUAUUUUUACUUAAGAUCUGACCAAUAAGUUAGCCUUCAAACCGCAGAAGUACAUUGAUCAUGGGCAUCAUCUUGAAAAGCCAAGAAAAAGACCACUUGCCCCAACUCUCUGGUAGUAUUAAUAACGCCCAAGAUGGCGGGAUAGCAUUAUUCCUGAAAAAGGAUAGUUUGUGCUGCAAGAUACACCGGCAUUGCAGGCUACCAAUAAGUGUAUCAUGCUCUCUUCUCAAAAGACAUAAGUUGUGGUUAUACCUUAUUAUAGGAAAUUAACGCUCCAUGAAAUCAACGCGAAUCGUUAAAAUUCGCGUUAAUUGCGUUCGACGUUAGGAGAACGCUUCGUAAUCUUUGGGGAUCCUGUGGUCGAUGGGAUACCUGUGCAUGCCAGGCGUGAAGAUUCGAGAUUUUUGGUUACUUGGACGGGCGAUGUUCAAAAUCUGCGCCAUUUUGAAUAAUUAUUAAGCGCGCGCACGAAUUUUAAGCCCAAUAGCCGGCCAAAGAAAUUGCGGGCUCACCUGGUGGACAUGCGCACACAACUAUUUUUUACGUCAUAAGCAAUUGUCAUAUGGCAAUCACGUGCAUCACUGGUUCCAUCAAGGUCAACUAGAUGAUUACACGGGAAUAUUUGAGUUCGGCAAAAGAAUGAACUUUGGAGUUGUUUUCUAAGCGGGUUUUAUCACUGAGCUGAUGAUUCUGCUAAACUUUUCGGUCAAUGCUGUUCAAAUCGAGCUGGAACUUCGUAGAAACACACAAAUAAAGACCAGGUAACAUUUGGGCCGUGAGAAGUUUACCCGUGCGUUUGAGUCUAUUUACAUAUUUGUAGUUUAACCUCUUUCAUGCACGAAAAAGUAAGCUUGAGCGUAUCAGUGCAGUUUGUUACAACUGUAAUGCUUUAUUCACGUCUGAUAUCUCUACGCGGGUAAUUUUGCAUGAUAAGUAUCUCGCUCGCUGAAGCAAGCUAAGUUUAAAACAUGUUGAACUGACCUACAUGAACGUAAAAUAAUCAUGAGAUGAAAAGUUUGCACAAUGGCAAAAGAUUCUGUCCGGUUCUCUGACAUCAGUAAUCUAGCAGAAACCUAAUAUGUUUCCGUCGCUCCUAUGAUCAUUGAUUUCACUUCAAGUUGUGUCACGCAAGAAGCCAAGACUUUUAACCUUCAAGGCUACCAUUUUUUCGAAGUUUGUAGUGACAUGUUUAUCUUUUUAACAACAAAGAACUUUUUACGAUCUACUUAACAUUUUUAUCGACCAUGCUUGAGGGAGAGUAAGACAUUUUAAGAGUAGAGAGUUAAUGAGUGAGAUAUUUUGAAGCCGUAUACGCGAAGAACAUUUUUUACGAAAAGAAUGUUUACCUUUUAAUUCAUGAUCUCUUCCAUGAUUUUGAAAUCAAGCUUGACGACACAAAAGCUAAUCUGGAGCUAAGAAAACUCGAACGCACUUAUUGAUCUAUGAUUAUUAUCUAGUUUAUGUCGCGUUAAUUUUGUUGAGCGUUAAUUUCCGCGACGUUAAUUAAGUGCAGCGUUAAUUUCCAUGCUCUUAAUUUCCAGUAUUUUAACCCCAAUUUUGGAACCUGUCCAGACAUUCUUGACACCUAAAAAACAUUAACUACAAGCUUGCUUUCUUUCCAUUUACCCUUUAUUUUUCAUCUUUCACAAAAGCUAGGGCGAAGGUUUACAAUAUUUCGAGUUCAUCUUCAUCGUUGCUGCUGUCAGAAGUGAUGUCAAUAUCUUCUCCUUUGAUUUCACGUAAUUAAUCGCGUUAAUUUCCUUUAUUAUGAAAUUCUACCCCCUCUUUCGCGUUAAUUUUCUUUAUUCGAAAGUCGUUUUCCAUUAAAUUUGCAUUAAUUUAAGUUGCAUUAAUUUCCAAGACCUUAAUUUCAUGGAGCGUUAAUUUCCUAUAAUAAGGUACACACUGUGGUAAAAGGUAGUUCCCAGGGUACAAGUGUCCCGUGUAACCUCACCUAUAGAAAUACUUAUGGAGAGGGCAUGAUCCUAGGCCCAGGCAAUGUCAGCAUUUUAAUGCCCUAAUAAUUUGAUACAAAACAAUUUAAAAACUUGAAAAUACAAGAAAGGAGUUUUUCAUACUCAUUGGCUUUUUAGUGCUGAUUGUUCAUCCUAUUUUUUUCUCAAUAUCCCAACGAAUCCCAUAAGUUUAGACUGGUAGUUUUAGCGAUAUAAUCAAAACACUGGGACUUUUGAUUAUUCCAAACAGGGCGGUGAUUUUACGAGAGGAAAUGGGACUGGUGGCAAGUCCAUCUAUGGAGAAAAAUUUGCCGAUGAAAACUUCCAACUGAAGCAUACUGGACCGGGUAAGAGUUAUAAGACAUUUAAUGCACUUUCAACAUUCUCUGGUUCUCUCAUUGCCUGCAACAACAAACAGGAAAUUACCUUAUUUUGGCUCUGUGUGAGGCCAGAGUACUGAAAUUAAUAUAAUUAUGUAAAGUAAUUAACCCUUUCACUCCUGAACCGGGCAACCGGAGAACACGUCACUAUUCCUGAACCGGCCAAAACUUGGCUGUUCAAAAUGCCUUUGUUUGAGACUUCCCUCUCCUCCGUAAGGGGCGAAUAUGAGCUAAACAAAAAUACAACUAUUGUUCUUAAGCUAUUGGCCAAUCAUAUUACGAGUGCUAUGCAUAAGAAAAGCCUCCCUGGGCUGGGAGAGAGGGAUGCGAAUUUCGUUUGGCAAGUGACGACUGCAGACUUCAGAGUGCCGAGUCAUGAGGCAAACAAUUUUGUGAAGUCUUCUGAAAAGUAUCCGGUUUCCUUAACUUUAAUGCUUAUAAAAGUGUUGCAAUAGUUUUCAGAGUAUUUCACAACAUUAUUUGCCUUGUUAACUUGCAAUUCUACUUUUGUUGAGCACCAAAAAUUUUGCUUUUCUUCGCGAGAAUUAUAGAAAAUGGUGCAGCAACUGGAAGUAACAAUCAAUGAAUUCAGAGCGAUUUUCGGAGAUUCUGACGAAGACUCUGAGAAUAUUGAUGGAGAUAAUUCUGACAUCGAUUUGGAAGGUAUUGAAGGAGAUGCUGAGGAAAAUGAUGAAGAAGGCAACCAUCAAACCGGCAGUGAAAGUGCCGAUUGCAACAAAGAUCUUGAAGAAGCGUGGUGGACGGUGGAGCUCCAUGACAUCAAUGUGAACCUACCAUAUUUAUUCGGCUAUAAGCCAAGGGAUUUUUACACAAAUUAAAGUUAAAGUUCAGUGAAAUUUGAGCCCAAGAGGGGGUCUCAGCUUAUAGCCAAGAGUUUUUGACCAAAAAAUUUUUUGCAGUGCAUAGAAAUGCUACUAAAUGGGGAUGUAUUCACUUAUAAGCUGAGCAAAUGGCAGCAAACGGUUGAAUCGAUCACAAAACUACAAAUCUGAAUGUUAAGUUAACUAAGGACAGUUGGGGGAACCCCUUUCAAAAAGGCCCCCCUAAAAUUACAGAAGGGGGCCCCUCAUAGGCCAAUUUCUAGAAUAAACCCUGAUAAAGGUGUGGAUGGCGGUUGAUGCCUCUAAUGGCUACAUUGUAAAUUUCUCUGUUUACUUAGGAAGCGAAGGGAAGAAUAGGCGAAGUCACGGCCUGGGAUAUGAUAUAGUGAUGAAAAUGGCGCGUCCCUUUCUUAAUGGAAAUCAUCAUGUUUUCUUUGAUAAUUAUUUUUCAAGUCCUAUUCUUUUAGACCAUUUACUCGACCAACAAACAUACGCUCGUUCGACUGUGUGGUGCACACGCAAAGACCUGCCGCCAUGCACUAAAAACAAACUUCGCCAGCUUGAAGAAACAGUCAUUUGGCAAAGAGAAAGCCUCCUUUUUACAAAAUGGCACAAUAAACGGGAUAUAGCAUUAAUUUUGGUCUACCCACAUGUCACCAAAUGAGCUGCCUCGGAUAGUACAACAUACACAAAACAGGCAAAAUGUUCAAAUUGGAAAGCUAUUUGUCUCUGAUGUGUACACCAAAAAUAUGGGUGGCUUUAACCGAGCAGAUCAAUAAUUAUUAUGAUCAGUUCUUACACGGACGGACGGCAGUGGAGAAAGUGGUAUUGAUGUAUCUUUUGGAAGAAAGAAAGAAGAAAUUUGUCUUGUGCAAAACUACUGGGAGGAAAACUCCGAAAGGAUAUCCAGUUGCAACGAGGAAUAAGUGUCGACAUUGUGAUGUUGCGUUAUGCAAAGUGCAGUGCUUCAAUGAUUACCACAGUGCAGACACUUGAACUAAAAUCCUUUUGACAAUUACUUAGCUUUUCAUUUGAGAGAGUAAGGAGACAUUGUAAAUCUAUAGUAGGAUUGUAAAAUUUCAUUUAUUUGCCUAUUUUUAAAUGUACUGUAAUAAAAUAAUAAGUAUGUGUAAUCAAAUGGUGACAAGUGAAAUUAGGGAAUAAUUUCAAGGAUUUGGACAAAACGCAAGUGAAAUUAUUCCCUAAUUUCACGAGUAUACCAUUUGAUUACCUAUUAAUAUCAUGGGUGACGAAUUAGGUUAGCUAUCUUGGAUUUUUGACAGGUUUAUCCUGGAUCGUAUCGAUCAAGAACUCCUGCACUCUCUCAAUCGUUUAGAGCUUAAAUUUGGCUUAAGUUCAGAGUUUUUCGACAAAAUACCUGUUAGAAUCCUUCUUGAUGUGCUCUUUCGUGUGUUCAGGUUUUCUAAAGCUUCAUUCAUGGCAUUUUAAAACUUUGUCGCCAUCUUGACACUGAGACGUAUGUUAGGUUGCCAUGGCAAUUUUGUAAUUUCACAUGUGAAAUUACAAAUUAACGCUGAAAUUUCACGCCAAAAUUAAGGAGUAAUUUGCACCUAUGCUAUUAUUAUUGUUAUUUUUGUUAAAUUGACCCUGUGCUCAUCUAGCAGAAAUAGUGGCAAAUUCGAAUUUUUUUUAACGCGUGAAGUUUUUGAGCGCUGUUACUCAAACAUGUGUCAUAUGUUUACAAUAUUAUUAUUCUUUCAGUUUCUUUAGAAAGAACGUUAUCUCAAGUUCAAUUUUAGCUUAUUAGUUCUGUCUACAAGGACUCUAAAAUUCUACUGAGCAUGUAUGGUUUGGAUUUUGGUCAAUAUUUUGUGUAAGUGUCCUAAUUAGCUCCAGGGAUAGCAAGGCACUGUCUUGGGCUCAGACAUGCAGCCCCCAGGAGUGAAAGGGUUAAUAAUCCUUAUACAAAAUGCGCUUUUUUCACCAAAAUUUGUUUCAAAAUUCAAGGUAUAUAUUAUUGCAAUAUUGCAACUCCAAAUCUUGGGAUCCUGUGGUUAUUGGUUAUCCUGUAGGACACUCCUUACUUAAUUUUUAUGAAUGUCUGUGUCAAGGAUUUAUGAAAACUUUAUUGAAGAUGUACGUCUCUCAAUUUUACUUUCUUUCCUCUCCAGGAAUUUUAUCUAUGGCCAAUGCUGGUGCCAACACAAAUGGAUCUCAAUUUUUCCUUUGUACUAAUAAAACUGGAUGGCUGGAUGGUAAACAUGUGGUGUUUGGAAGUGUUGUUGACGGGAUGGAUGUUGUCAAAAAAAUUGAGGCAGUUGGUAGUGAAGGUGGCAAGACAAGCAAGCCUGUGGUGAUAGCAGAUUGUGGGCAGUUGUAGUUGGUUUCUCUUGUAAGCUUAGUGAAGCAUAAAGCAGGUUCAAUAAAAUUUUGUAUGGUGUCUUUACAGUUAGUUAUUGAUGUCUUGGUUAAUUUUGGUUUUAAAAAAAGUUCCUUGAGUUCUUAGUAGGGGAAAAGGGUAGAAAAGAGGAUCACCAAUGAAUGAGUGCAGGGCUCGAAAUAGUGGCCUGCCAAUGGCCAAAUGGCAGGCAAAAUAAAUGGUCUGGCAGGUGAAAAUAAAUUACUCUAUUAUAUAAACUGCAGUGUUUUACAAGGAUUUCUACCACCGAGAAAUGUGGUAUCUGAACACACGUAAAAAUACGAUAUUUUUACAUGUGAAGGUAUCGAUAA